CUCUAAAACAGAGAUAGACAGUUAAUGCCGGAGCAGACGAGGUUACGAGUUGAGGAAAAGCUAGUCCGAAGGAAAAGCCUGGGAGUGAACUUGUGGCUUAAUGAAUUGCUUCAAGGCAGGACGUGAUGAUGCAAUGACGGGGGAUACAGAUAAAUAUCUGGCCCCUCACGACCUUCGCGAACUUGGUGAUGACUCGCUCCCACAGGAAGGCUACAUGGGCUUCAGCGUUGGUGCACGGUCGCAGAGUACCAAAGCCAGCCUCCGUUCCUUCAGUUCCGAUAGGUCCAACACGUUGAACCGGAGCUCCUUCACACGGGACAGCAUGAUGAUCGAGGAGAUCCUGGCUCCCACCAAGGACCCGCAUCUGUUGAUGACGAAGGACGCUGACAACGACUCUCUGAGGAGGUACAGCUGGACUGCGGACCACCUGGAUAAUGUCAACCUCGUCUCCUCACCGGUGCAUUCUGGGUUCCUGGUCAGCUUCAUGGUUGACGCCAGAGGCGGCUCCAUGAGGGGAAGUCGCCACAACGGCAUGCAGAUCAUCAUCCCGCCGAGAAAGUGCACGGCACCCACCAGGAUCACUUGUCGUCUAGUCAAGAGGCACAAGUUGGCCUCCCCUCCUCCGAUGGUGGAAGGAGAAGGCCUGGCGAGCAGACUGGUGGAGGUUGGACCGGCUGGGGCUCAGUUCUUAGGGCCUGUGAUAGUGGAGAUCCCACAUUUUGCCUCAAUGCGGGGCCAAGAGAGAGAGCUGAUCCUACUGCGCAGUGAGAAUGGAGAAUCCUGGAAGGAACAUUUGUACGACUGCAAGACCAGCGACCUCAAUCAGCUCCUCAACGGGAUGGACGAAGAGCUGGACAGUCCUGAGGAGCUGGAGAGGAAGAGGAUCUGCCGUAUCAUCACCAAGGACUUUCCACAGUAUUUUGCUGUGGUGUCCCGGGUCAGACAGGAGACCCAUCAAAUGGGACCAGAGGGUGGGACUCUCAACAGCCGGAGCGUCCCAUUAGUUCAGGCUUCCUUCCCUGAGGGGGCGCUGACAAAGAAAAUAAAAGUUGGAUUGCAGGCCCAGCCAAUUCCUGAGGACACUGUAAAGAAAAUCCUUGGUAACCGAGCAACCUUCAGCCCCAUUGUUACUGUGGAGCCCAGGAGGAGGAAGUUCCACAAGCCCAUCACCAUGACGAUCCCUGUGCCGCCGCUCUCAGGGGAAGGGCUUACUAACGGUUACAAAGGAGACAGUACACCCUGCCUCCGCCUCCUCUGUAGCAUAACAGGUGGAACAUCUCCAGCGCAGUGGGAGGACAUCACUGGAACAACUCCCCUCACAUUUGUUAAUGAUUGCGUCUCUUUCACUACCAAUGUCUCUGCCAGGUUCUGGUUAGCAGACUGCCACCAGAUCCCCGAGACAGUAAGCUUGGCCACUCAGCUCUACAGAGAGCUGAUCUGUGUGCCCUACAUGGCCAAGUUUGUUGUGUUUGCUAAGAUGAAUGACCCAGUGGAGUCCAGCCUUAGGUGCUUCUGCAUGACAGACGACAAGGUGGACAAAACCCUGGAGCAGCAGGAGAACUUUGAGGAGGUGGCGAGGAGCAAAGACAUAGAGGUCCUGGAGGGAAGGCCCAUCUAUGUGGAUUGCUAUGGAAACUUGGCUCCGUUAACCAAAGCUGGUCAACAGUUAGUUCUUAACUUCUACGCCUUCAAGGAAAACCGUUUGCCCUUCUGUGUUAAGGUUAGAGAUCCCAGUCAGGAGCCAUGUGGUCGCCUCACUUUCCUUAAAGAGUGUAGGUCAACCAAAGGCCUCCCACAGACUGCCGUGUGCAACCUGAACAUCACGCUUCCCGCGGUGAAAAAGGAAUCGGAGUCAGAUGCCGAGGACGAGACUGAAAAGCCAGAUCGACGUCAUACCUUUGCAUCCCUAGCCUUACGUAAGCGCUACAGCUAUCUGACUGAGCCUGCACAGAAAACAGCAGUUGAACGAAAUGCAGCAACAAGAACACUGCCUUCUGGUCACCCUCACAAACCUGUCUUUCCAACCAGACCUUACCCACCAUGGUCGACUGCUCCUAUUACCGUCCCUGGCCAAACAAGGCCCAUCGGAGUGGGGGGUCUCCUCGCCUCUGCCGAUCCACCGGCAGGCUCACCAGCUAGUUCUCCAUUAAAAUCCGCCUGGCCCCUCUCAGCACCUUCACCUGCAUGUCCCACAACUAUAAGAGCAACCUUGGGCGUUUCACCCCCAGCACCCGCCUCGUCAUCCCCAGUUAAAUCGAUCAGCGACGUACCAUCAUCCCCCAUCAGGUCUUACAGGACUGUGCCUUCACCAAUUAAAACUGUUGUCCAGCAGGGACCAUACCCCAUUCACGGGUCUGCCAUCCUUGCAACACCUGGAAGUAAACCUGCCACAGAUCCGGCAUCAAUUAAAAAUCUUGCUCUGGCUUAUGCAUCAAGGACCCCUUUCCAUCCUUCAGCACCAAAUGCUUCUUUAUCUGAGAGGUCAUCAGCUGCUACUGCUUCUGUCACAUCACCAAAAUCCCUGUACAACCGCUACAGUUCUAAUCUGCCUUUUAAAUCUGCCCUUGUGACAACAGCUGCUUCAGAAGUUGCCAACCUUUCUCCUGUUAAAAGCAUGUCCAGUCUCUCAUCUCUAAAGAUGUCUGUUGACUCAACAGUCACAUCCCGAGGAGGGAGGACAUCCAUGUCGUCCGUGUCCUCAACCGGUCAGACAACCAUUGCUUCCUCAGAAUUUUCCAUGAUGAACGGAUCAGUCUCACCUGUUAAAUACCCAUCCUCCUCCUCCACCCCAUCCUCGCCUUCUUCACGUCUUCUCUCAGAGAGAAGCAACAGUCUUCAGGAGAGGAUCCAAGCCACCACUCAGGCAGCAACCUCCGGUGUCAGUGCAGCCAUAAAUGAAGCUUUAGACUCGUACUCAGUCUCAGGAUAUGGCACACUUAGGUCAUUGUCAUCUUCACGCAGAUCUGCAACAGCAACCUCUGCUUAUGGUUCUCUGAGAUCUGCAUCAGCAAGCCCAAGUCCAGCAGUCUCCUCAAAUACAAUGACUGUCCCUGUUUAUUCACUUGUCAAUGUCCUCCCUGACACCCCUGUAAAACCGGGUCCUGGGUCUCUCAAAAUGGCACUGCCCGAUUCUCCUCGUACCUCGUCCACCUCUUCUUCAUCUUUCCCCUCAUGCGUUACUGGAACAAAACUGAAAUCACAAUUAAAAUCUCCUCCAUUUAUAACACCGCCAAUCAUCCAUCCAACUGCAGCCUCCAAUCAGGAGAUACUUAAAGAUGUAGCAGAUAUGAAACAGGACCUAAUUAGAAUGACGGCUAUCCUCCAGACAGACACACAAAUGGCUGCUAAAACUGUACAAACAUCAAACACUGGCACACCUAAAGAGUCUAAGUUAGAAGAUCAGGAGCCACACACACUAGUUGAGAAGGUCAAAAAAGAUUUAGUCAAAGUCAGUGAGAUACUACAAAAGGAUAUCAUGGCUGAAGAUAAGACCAUUUCAGGUCAUGAGACAAGUUCAGAGGAGGAAUGGCAGGAAUUUUCCAGAGACGAGAUAGAGGAGGCACAAAGAAGUGUUCUCCGAGACUGUUACUCUCCAUUUGACGAAAACGCUCUUUUUAAGCACCAGUCGAUGCCAAGCAACGAGUUAGAAUUCAGUAAAGUGGUAGAUUACUUAACAAAUGACAUUGGUGCAAGUUCUCUGUCGAAAAUGGCACAGUUGAAAAGCGAGCAUGAGGAUGAGGUGAAAAUAGAGGGGGAGGAAAAACAAAAACGAGUGCUCAAGCCAUCCAUGACCAUACAAGAGCACAAACUCAAAAUGCCUCCUCCAGUUUCAGGCAUGAUCAGAUCUCCCUCAGAGAAGGACUUAAGCAAGCUUGCUGAGUCAUACCAAGGGUCGGACACAAUCUUGGAAUCUCCCGAGGAGCUGUCUCAUGAGCAAGAUAAAAGUCCCCUCUCAGACAGCGGGUUUGAGACGAGAAGUGAAAAAACACCUUCUGCUCCUCAAAGUGCAGAAAGCACAGGCCCCAAACCUUUAUUUACAGAUUCCCCAAUCCCCCCCUGUGUAACUGAGACCAGAACUGAGGUUGUCCACAUCAGGAGCUACGAGCAGCCGGAUGAUCUUUCUGAGCCUGGAGUCAUGGAGGAAGCUGCAUCUGCUUUACCUCCUCUAGAGCCAGAAAGUUCAUCAUCAAAAGCUUUGCAGAUGAAAAUACCAGAAGAGGAUGCCUUAAUGAACAAAAGCAUGUGUCUUAAAGAGGAAACUCAUAUCACUACCACAACCCGUAUGGUGUAUCACAAGCCUCAACUGACGGACGGCGCAGAAAUGAUAGAGGAAGCCAUGUCAGUCAGAGACAUCAUGAAAGCUUUUCAGUCAGGACGAGACCCAUCUAAAGAACUGGCAGGCCUCUUUGAACACAAAGCUAGCCAAGAGUCUGUCAAAGGUGAUGAACUCACCCCAAGGUUUCUAGAACGAGAUAUUAAAUCCAAACCUAAAGUUGAGAGGAUAAUUGAAGUUCAUAUUGAAAAGGGCCACAGCACAUCAGACCCAACUGAGGUUAUUAUCAGAGAAACAAAGAAGCACCCUGAGCUUUACGUCUACAAAAGUGACCGUGGAAUAAAGGAGCUUACUGAUUAUGAUGAGGCCCAGCAGGAAGAAGAAGAGCUUACUGCCGAAGAAUCGUUGCCCUCCUUCCUAGAAACAUCUCGCGUUAACACUCCAGUGUCACAAGAAGAGGACAGUCGUCCAAGUUCUGCCCAACUCAUAGGAGAUGAUUCGUAUAAAGCUCUAAAACUAUUAAGCCAGCACUCCAUAGAAUACUGUGAUGAUGAACUAUCUGAAGUUCGAGGAGAAUCGUAUAAGUUUGCUGAGAAAAUGCUUCUCUCAGAAAAAAUUGAAACAUCAUUGCAGUCUUAUUCAGACGCAGAGGAUUCUGCAACGGUGGCAGACAAAAACCGCCACCUUGCCUCUGAGGAGACUGGUAGGUUUGAGGGCACAAAUCAAGGCAAAGGAAGCCCGAAAAGAGAGUUUGUUUCUAAGUCAUCAAAAGAUGGGUCCCCUAAAUCAGGUAAAUUCCUGCACAAAGAUGAACCUUCUCAGUUUGACAAGGUGACAGUGCUCCAUUACUCAACAGAACCAGGCAGUCCAAAACAUGCGGUUUGGAUGAGAUUUACUGAAGACAAACAUGAUAGAAGUAGGGACAAACUACUUUAUGAAGAUCGAGUAGAUCAAACAGUGAAGGAGGCUGAAGAAAAACUCAGUGAGGUAUCUCAGUUUUUCCGUGAUAAAACAGAGAAGCUUAAUGAUGAGCUACAGUCUCCUGAGAAAAAGCCAAUUAGAGGACUGAAGGAGCCUAGAUCCUGGCCUAACUCUACCUCCAGCAGCCCAGAAAAAACACAACAGAAACCUAAAGCAGGGGAUGAGUUCUUUAGUAAAACCAAACUUAAGGAACCUUCAGUUGAUAAAUUUUUUAGCAGCUCUCCAGCAGUAGAGAAGAAAAGCUCUAGCUUACCAAGUAGUCCUCAGAAAAGUGUCAGCUCUUGUACUACUCAAGAUAAAAUCAAACAAGAACCAAAGACCUCUUUGUCUGAACCCUCGUCUCCAGCUCAUGUAACUUCAACAUCAAAGGUCAGUGCAGUGAGGAUGAAGUUUGAAUCUGCUGCUCAGAAGGUCAGUCAAAGUCAGUCCAGUCCUACUAAAAUCCCUCCACCUGUACAACCAAAACCAUCAGUAAAGAAAUUGCAGGAAAGCAAACUACCUGUUUACCAAUUUGGCUCUGGAGGAAAAUCCUCAAAAGUAUCUGAAACAUCAGAAGAAAAUGUCCAAGAAAAGAAUGAGAAAGACAAAGCAAAUAGCAAGCCUGACCCGAUACCCACAUCUAAAAUUCCCAAAGCAGACAAGCUUCCAAACAAAAACUUAAUUGAGCCCCCUCAUGACAUUUGUGAAACUACGACUGAUAAAGUAGCACCUAAAGGUAAAGAUAAUCAGUUCAGUGUGACCCAGGAAAUUAAGGAAAGUAAUAAAAGCUACACUACUAGGAUGUCUGUUGUUUUUGACAGUGAUGCUAAAAAAUACCAGCAAACCACUAAAAGUGUGUCAUCUACUAAAGAUGUAAAACCUGAACUGCCCAAAAAUGAUUCAGAGGAACCAAUAAACAAAAACCUUAGAAAAAAGACAGAAUCACAGAUUCCUGUAAGAACCACAACCCCCUGUUUAGAUAACAACCUUACAAAGAAACAGACGACAACAAAACCCUCGCAGAUACCUACACUAUCUAAACCUAAAAGCCCAGAAACAGGCCCAGCAAAAACAGAUUUAACCUUUGAAAUUCUUGACAAUUCACCGAAAGAUUCUAACUCCAAUAAUCUUCCCAGCCCCAGAGAAAUACUGGAAAAAAUAAUAGCUCCUCCAGUUGUAACAACCAAAGAGAACUUCAAAGGCAUCAAAACAUUGCCUGUUUAUGUCCAGGUUGGCAGGCAGGCAGAGAGGGAGGCUAAGGGGUCACUGUACACAGUAAAACAGAAAUCAAGCUCCGCAAUUAGUCCCAUAAGCCCAGAAGAUGAUACAUUAGAGCAAGUUUCCUUCAUAGACAGCUCAGGGAAAAGUCCUCUUACACCAGAAACCCCCAGCUCUGAAGAGGUCAGCUAUGACCUCACAUGCAAAACUCCUGAUGGCUUUAUGGAAUUCAUUUCAGGCAAGCCAAGCCCCAUCAUGGAGGUAUCUGAGGACUCGGAGGAAGAUGGUCAAGCAAACACAGUUUUCUCAUUUAAAGAGGCAACAAUAGAAAGCAAAAAUAGUGUUCAUGACGCCCAGGCAGACCUUGCGAAUGCUAAUAAAGAAAAAGCAAAAAUGAAUGACAAUCAGCUGGAAUUGCCUGAUAAUUUUAAAGAAGAAGAAACCAUCAACAACUUUGAUGGUGAUAUUAAAGAUCAGGAGCAACAAGAAGUGUCAAAAGACAAGGGUAUUGCAUACAUUGAGUUUCCUCCUCCUCCCCCUCUGGAUUCAGCUUCAGAAAUUUCAGACACAGAGAGAAAGGGCUCCUGUGCCUCUUCAGAGACUGAGACAGAAAUGAUGGAAGUGAACUUACAAGAGGAACACGACAAGCAUCUGACCGAACCAGUUAUACGUAUACAACCCCCUACUCCGGUGCCCCCUAGCACAGAUGACAGUCAAUCAAAUGCUGACGAAGAUGAUGAGUCAAUCUUCCAGCCAAUUCCAUGUAAAAAAUUGACCUCCAAUCUUCCUGAAGAAGAGGAAAAGAAAAAAGAGAAAGAGAAAAUGUUGAAAUCUAAAAGACAUGACAAAAAUGGCAACAAAGAACCUGGUGGGACCAAUGGUUCCAAUGGCUCCACCAAUGGUUCCAAAGCUUCCAAUGGUAAAGGGGAGGAUAAUGACUGUGAACAAAAUGGAAAUGACCAGUCAAUAACAGACUGCUCAAUAGCCACAACAGCUGAGUUUUCUCAUGACACAGAUGCCACAGAGAUAGACUCUCUCGAUGGCUAUGAGCUUCAAGAUGAGGAUGAUGGCCUGUGUGAGCAGGCUGAUUUACGACUUUUUGGACUUCCAGACAGUCGGAGAGAUGUUUGGGCAACAGACACAUUUAGGUCUUCCGAUCGUUCUUUUCCCCAGACCAAACUGGAAGUUAUUGAGGAGGAGAAGACCCCCGAGGAAUGCCAGAAAGACAUUUUAAAAAAUGAUACCUCCACCUGUAACGGAAAAUCUGAUGUCGUUAGUAAAGAUGGAGCUAAAACCCAGGAACACUCAGAGAAAGAAGGAUUUUCAGACUCUUACUUUAGUUACAAAUUAGAAGAGGAGUUCAAUUCUCCUUUUAAGACUGUUGCCAGUAAGGGGCUGGACUUUGAUCCAUGGCCCAGUAAAAGCGGUGAAGGAGAAAUUGUUGACAUGGGGGGAACAAGGGGAAACAAUGGGGAGCCAAAGCCUUACGGACUAGCUGUUGAAGACCAGUCUCAGGCUACGACAGCAGAAACUACACCUGCUCAAACUCCAACGGACGAUAGCACACCAACGAGUGAACCAAACCCAUUCCCCUUCCAUGAAGGGAAGAUGUUUGAGAUGACACGCAGUGGUGCGAUUGACAUGAGCAAGAGGGACAUGGUGGAGGAGAGGCUCCAGUUUUUUCAGAUUGGUGAGCAUUACUACUCAGCAGGCAAGUACAGGGUCAGGGACUUUGAAAACGAUGCCUCCUCACAAUGCAUUAAUGAGUUUAAUUCUCAGUAUACCUUACCAGUCCCUCAAGUCUCCAUUCAGACAAUGACUGUAGAGAUAGCCAAUGUGACUGGUUACAGCACAUGCAAAGAGUCAGCUUCCACCACCGAGUCAAAAUUCUCUACUUUUAAAGCAGGUUUAAAGCUAGCAUCAUCUGAUGCUUCAAAUAGCACUUCUAAAUAUACAAGCACUUUUAAUCGGAGUAGUGAUAAUGUUUCAGGAACCACUGCAGAUAGAUGUUAUUGUGCUAUACCAGACUAUGCAGAUCACAUUCAUUUUGAUACGUUAAACGUAGCACAUAACUCUUUGAGGAAACCGUCAUUUGUCAUGGAUUACUAUUCUGACGGCAAUAUUUGUGCAGACAGACCUAAACAGAACCCAGAAGAUGAAAAGACUUGUUACCAAAGCACCGAUUGUCUUUCAGCACCUUCACAACAGACCAGCAAUCUGCAAACAUUGAGCAGCAAUACCAGUAGCACUAUCCCUGACUCCUAUUUAGGUAUUUCUCAAGAUAGCAGCAUCAUGUCCAAUUUGUUGUCCUCUGCAAGACCAGCACUGCAGGAAGUCAGUGGGUCAGAAACCUCUUUAAGCCAGUUAGAGGAACACUAUGGGAAAGACGAGACUGUUUUUAAUGUAGCAAUAGCAAAAACAGAAGCCAAAGGAGUCAAAGGCCAUAUAUUUAGAUCCAAGUUGCCCUUGAGGGUGGCUAACCACAAACUAUGCAGCCAAAGGCAUCAUGAAAUAAUGGGCAUUUCGAAAGAAAAUGCUCGUGAAUUUUCUCUCAGGACACAUAAGAUGCAACAUAAAGUUUGGGAACGAUUUGACCCUUUUAAAACUUUAUUUCCUAAAUCCCGAAUCCCUAUUUUGAAAGCCAUUAAAAUCCCUUCUAGUUCCCCAAAACAGCCACUGGCCAGAAACAAUCCUACACUCAGACUUAACAAAAAUUUAAAUGAGGGAAGAAUUCAAUCUAAGCACACACACAGAUCAUCAAAAGGCAAAAAUGAAAACAGCGCAGUAGUCCUGAAGAACUUUACAACAAACUCUCUUAAUAGUGGAGCAGCCAAAUCUUUAAACAAAACCAAAUCCAAGGAGGCUGAAGCUGUGUUAGCAGGGAAAACUUUGCCCACUGAAGAUGAGGAGAGCUGCAGAUUCAGUACCACCAGGAACACUUCCCUGUCAGAACCGUCUGUAGCUUCUAGGAGUUCCAGUUCUUCCUGCACCUCUACCUCCACCCCCACCUCCACCACCACAUCACCACCACCCACUAGAGAUGUCAGUAAGAGGAUGAGGACAAGCAGGAGGAAGAUUAGGCGGACACAUGGAGGGAAGGAGCGUGAGCAGAUGGAGGAAGGGAGUCAGGUUGAUCAACCAAUCACGACUCCUGUGAUGGAGAACGAGACUAGCCCCCAGAGUCCCUGUGAGCGAACAGACGUCCGCAUGGCGAUCGUAGCUGACCAUCUCGGCCUCAGCUGGACUGAGCUGGCCAGGGAGUUGAAUUUUUCUGUGGAAGAAAUCAAUUUCAUCAGAGUGGAAAACCCAAAUUCCCUGACAGCGCAGAGCUUUAUGCUUCUAAAGAAAUGGGUGCACAGGGAUGGUAAAAAUGCCACAACGGAUGCUUUAACUGCGGUGCUGACUAAGAUCAAUCGGUUGGAUAUUGUGACUUUGCUGGAAGGGCCCAUAUUUGACUACGGUAACAUAACAGGCACACGCUGCUUUGCCGAUGAUAACGCAGUAUUCCCGGAUCAGUCCGAUGGAGACCACAGUAUAGAUGUGGAACUGAAAACCCCAACAGAACUCAACUACGUCCCCUGUACCCCCCUGCGCUCCGAUGAAUUCUUUAGUGAGGGCGAAGCUAGCGUAAUGUCCCCAAGUAGGACCACACUCACCAGACCUAGUGACCUCUCCCUAGCUCAGACCACAAGCACCUCCAGCAGCGACCCGUCCACCGUGGUUCCGGCCGCUGGCUCUGAGCCUCCUAUUGCGGGGCCUGAAGACACAGUUCUGACCGGAGGAGACAGAGGGACGACUGUGGAGAUGCCAGAAAAUGACCGGAGGGCGGGGAACCUUAAAGAAGAUGGUUCUCAAAAUGGAAGAGAGGAAGAAGAGGAAAUGACCCAGGAGAGACUGCGGAGUCUGCUGGAGGACAUACAGCUGGAGGGAGGCGUGGAGGAAGAGGAGAUGACCGAAGAGAGAGUGAAUGCGAUCCUUGAGCAAGUUCGGCAAGCAGAAAAAAACAUUUCUUCAGUUCCAGGCUGGAGGACUGAGGCGUCCGGAGCCACAGCUGGACACAGCAGCAGCAAGGACACGGAGAGCAGCCCCGACAGUCCAGCCGAUUCCCUGGAGCAGCCCCCGGCUCAGAACGGAGGUCACACAGAGUCGGCCAGGGAAGGGAGGGAAAAAGAAGCCAAGAAGAAAGGGGCCGAAGAGGACAGCAGGACAUCGGGACCCAGCAGAGGACGGGAGGACGUAGGUGACAAGUCCCAGCACAAAGUGCAGGAAACCAUCAGAGCUGAUGAGUCCGGCUCUGACGACGACACCACUGUCACUACCAGGGUGUACCGCAGACGGGUCAUACUCAAGGGAGAGGAGGCCAGAAACAUUCCUGGACAGUCCGUUACUGAGGAGCAGUUUAUAGAUGAUGAUGGGAAUCUGGUCACCAGAAAAGUUAUCAGAAAGGUGGUUCGUCGGGGUUUCAACUCACAGGAAAGGCUGGAAUGUGAAGGCCAGGCUAUUCCAGGGGAAGGAACUUCGGGUGUUGAUGAAGGCGAGGCAGAUGAUGCUGCUGCUGCUUCAUCAGCAGAGGCUGCAGCAUCUGCAGUAGGAAACAAGGGUGGGAGGGGCAAAAAAAGAGGGAAGCGCUCCCGACACGGCCACAAGGAGGAGGCCCAGAGAGAGAAAACACAGCCUGGAGAUGGUUCCAGCAAGAAGCACGAAAAAAACAGUCAGUCGUAACGGCCAAGCUCUAAAAAUAACCAGGUUUUUAAGUCAUUCACGGCGAUGCCACUCUUGGAAAAAAACAGCUGAACCGGAGUCCACAGUGAAGAAGAUCUGGACGGGACGUGUCAAGUCAGCCAAAGUGUUUUAGAAGCAUUCACCUACAGCGCAUGGUUUACAGCAAGACGACGUUACUUUCCCUUGAUUUCGCAUGAGCAUGUCACCGAACUCACUCGCUGUCAGAAAACAGAAAAAAGAAAGAAAAACAAAACAAACCGGAGGGGACACGCAUGGACGUGAGCGGAAAACUUCAGCUCAUCAGCAGCGAAUGAACUGCAUCUGCAGCCAAAUAAAAAUAAAAAAAAGACCUGCUGACAGAACAGACUCCACUCUGACACUCGCCUUUUUGUUUUCUUUUUUUUUUUUUUCUCCCCUCCUGAAUCUGAAACAGCAGCACUGGAGUGUACAAGUGGUUCGUUUUUUUUUU